AUGCGAAGCGAUCAGAGCGAGUUAGGAUCUGAAAUAGUCAAGCGAAAUAGGAAGCACUUCUCGAUGACAUACAAUCAAACAAUGCUGGCAAUUUCAUGCAGAUUGAAAGGCAUUUGCAAGAUGUUCUCCGAUAUUGUCAAGCUCCAGAAAUUGUACUUGAGCAUGCUCAGCUGCCCCGAUGCAAACGGCGACUGGACGGGAAGCUUCGACGUUGAUUACAACCUCGACGACGAGAAGCUUGAUUCUAAUCAGCUCAACUACAUCGACCCAUCUAUGGGCAACUACGACAACCACUGGUCCACCACCUUUACUGUCGACACUUGCUCUGGAUAA